AUGAGCAAGAAGUAUGUGUACUGGGAGAAGCAGGGCAACGACCGGAUGUGCGGUCUUCACUGCAUAAACGCCAUCCUGCAGGGCCCGCACUACAGCGAAGACGUCCUGGCCACCAUCGGCAGAGAAAUCGACGAAAAGGAGAGGGAGUUCCUCAAGUGCAGCGGAGGAGCUGGAGGAAGUGGUAUGAAUGACCUGAUGAGAAAAAAUUCAUCAAACGUUUUAGACGACGGAUUUAUAAACAUCUCUGUCCUCAUUGAAUGUCUGAGGAGAAAAAAUAUUUCCGUAAAAAAUACCUUCCAAGAAGAUUUAAAAAAAAUUAUUUCAAGUGAUCACCAAGACAUAGGAUACAUAUGUAACUUAGAGCAACAUUGGUUUGGUAUCAGAAAAAUAUACAACACGUGGUAUGUACUAGACAGCUUGAAGAGUGGCCCCCUUUACAUAAAGGAUAUUAAUUUAAAGUAUUAUUUCAAUGACAUAAUUAACAAGUACCAUGUAUUUUCUGUUCAGAAUAUGAAUCCCUAUGUGUCGUUACCCAAGGCAGAUGUAAAUUUUUUGCCGAAAAAUCCAAAUCAGUUUUAUUUAUGCACAAGUCAGAUUUCUGAAAUAUCUGGAGUUUCUUCCAAUGGGUUCAUAAUGGAGGAAAGGGUUAAUUCAGGUAGCCGUGGGGAGAAGGGUUCUUUUUUUCCCUCCGGUGGGUAUGACAAACCUAACAAGUUUCAUUGGCCUGAGGGUGGAGGGCGGAAGUUGAAUGACCAGGCGGGGGGGAGCGAUCUCACCGGGGGGGGUGGAGGUGUUGGUGUUGGCGGCUUCCCCACCGGUGCGCACGACGCGGACGAUGAGUUGCAGAUGGCUCUGCGGCUGUCCAUGGAGGAGUACGUUAAGAAUUUGGCCCCACCACCAGAAGAAGAACCCGCGAGCGAAAACUGCAUCAACUUUAUGGUCAAACUUUCAAAUAGGAAGAUCCACAAGCGGUUCUGCGUCACGAAGACGUUGGCGGACGUCUUCUACUGGCUUGAGUACGAGUCGGUGAACAGGCUGGAUUUCGGCCCCUCUCUGCUCCUCAGGAGCAGCUACAACCUUUACCAAAUAUAUCCCCGGAGGAAGUUUUGCAAGUACCAGAAUGGGACCAUAGAGCUGCAGACGGGGGACAAGAUCGAACAGGUGCAGGACACGCCCCUGGUGGACUUGAAGUUCGAGAAGGAGGAGACGUUCAUGCUGUCUUAG